AAUCUCAAAACUAGAGGAUAGUGUAUGAUCCUUGAGGCCGAAUAUUCCAUCAGGUCAUCAAAAUCCGCGAAAAGUGUAAAUCAACUGCUGCCGAACGGUGAUGCGAUACGUCUACGUCUACAUUUCCCGGCGCCUACUCCGAACUCUGCAGAACUGAAAAGGUACAGCAUGAGCUUCCGAAUCCUCUCAAAGCCGCUGCGGAGCCGGAGCAGAAAUCGAUUAUCGCCGUUCUUCUCCAUUUUCUUGCGUUCAUUCGCACGCAUUUCCUCGCAAUUCACCAGCCCUACGUUUGGCAUUGCGUUCGACAUUGAUGGCGUGCUUCUCCGCGGCGAUGCUCCUAUUGGAGGCUCUCCACAAGCUCUCAAAAAGUUAUAUGACGAUUCUGGUGUGUUAAGGAUUCCUUAUAUUUUCCUGACAAAUGGAGGUGGAUUUCGUGAAUCCAAGAGAGCCUCUAAUUUGAGUGAAGUUUUGGGCAUAAAUAUAUCACCUUUACAGGUUGUUCAGAGCCAUUCACCAUUUAAACACCUUGUGAACAGAUAUGAAAAUGAACUUGUGAUUGCUGUUGGAAAAGGAGAACCUGCUGCAGUGAUGUCUGAAUAUGGAUUUCGGAAUGUUCUUUCAAUUGAUGAAUAUGCAUCCUUCUUUGAUAACAUUGAUCCACUGGCACCAUAUAAGAAAUGGACGACUAUAAAAGGUGCUAAUCAUGAAAACACUGUCGCAGAUGUUGCUGAAAAGAAGAAAAUUUGCUCUGAGAGAGUUGAGGCUACCUUCAUCUUUAGUGAUUCUGUUGAUUGGAGCAGGGAUAUUCAGGUACUUUGUGAUAUUUUAAGAACGGGAGGUCUUCCUGGAAGGGAAUUUGGACACCAACCGGACUUGUAUUUUGCACACGAUGACCUUGAAUACCAGGCUGCUUUUCCCUGUGAGCGUUUUGGUAUGGGAGCUUUCAGGAUUGCAUUAGAAUCCAUCUACAAUAGGAUUCAUCCCCAUGCUUUGCAGUAUACGUGCUUUGGCAAACCAAACCCACUCGUAUUUCGAAAUGCAGAAGCUGUACUUAAACUCGUGUCAUCAAUUGAUCAAAACAAGACGGCUGCAAAUAAUGAAAGUCGUCACUUCAAGACUCUAUACAUGAUAGGGGAUAAUCCUGCCGUCGAUAUCAAUGGUGCAAUUCAGGCUGGAAGUCCUUGGUUUUCUAUCCUCACUAGGACAGGGGUCUUUAAGGGAAGAGCAAAUCAUGACAAGUAUCCUGCUAAUCUGGUAGUUGACACAGUAGAAGAAGCAGUGGAGUACAUUUUCAAGAAGGAAGGGAUUUCAUUGGAAUGAUACGAAGGAGAAAACAAAUUAAUAAUGAUAUUCUUUGCUGGCUAAGGCACGGUGUCGAUGAGAUUCGUUUCCUCUCAUAAUUAAUGGCGAUCGUUCCACCAAUUUUUUUUUUCUUCGGAGUACAACAAGUGAGGGGGGAUUCGAACUCAUGACCUCUUGGUUAGGGACAAA